GAGUGCGGCGGUGCCGAGGUUACAAGAGGCUGGUCCGGGCAGAGGGGCGAGCGGCUGUUUGCUGUGGAGGAGGCGGCGGCGCCCGGCAGACUGUGUGUUGGGGAUGCCUCCGAACCCUCCGUCAUAGCAGAGGCGAGUGUGUUGAUCACGUGCUGGAGAAGUGCUUUCUCGUCCCAGAUAUAACCAAGAUGGCCGUGGCUGUGCAGAGCUACCUCAUCACCCACCUGCUGGUGGCCAUGUUUGGAAUGGGCUCCUGGCUGGCAGUGAACGCCUUGUGGGUGGAACUUCCCGUGGUGACAAAGAGCCUGCCCGAAGGGUGGAAUUUGCCAGCUUACCUGACUGUGUUGAUCGCUUUGUCCAACAUCGGCCCCCUCUUUGUCACCCUGGCCCACAAGUUCUCCCCGGGUCUGCUGAACGAGCGUUGCGUCAUCUACUCCAUCCAGACACUGGGUGUGAUGUCCUCGAUCGCCCUGGCCCUGAGCUGGGACGGGACAGUGGUCAUUGGUGGGGAGCAGCAUAGCGUUGCCUUCCUGACCUUGACCUUCAUCCUGGCUGCUGUCUGCUGCACCUCCAACGUCACCUUCCUGCCCUUCAUGUUCCACCUGCCCUCCAGGUUCAUCAGGUCCUUCUUUGUGGGCCAGGGUCUGGGCGCCCUGAUGCCCUGCCUUGCCGCCCUGGUGCAAGGAGUCAGCAAGCUGGAGUGUCGCAAUGUCACGGGCGACAAUGGCUCUCACUCUCUCCAGCCGCACUACCUGCAGGAGAACUUCUCGGCCGGCUCCUUCUUCUGGCUCCUGGCCGUCCUGAUGGGUGUCUCCUUGCUCUCCUUCAUCGCCCUGACCUGGCGGGCGGCCAGGAGCAGCGUGCCACGGGAGCAGGGCACGGGCGAGGAGUCGUGCCACCUCUCGGCCGAGGCAGAGGCGGCCCCCAAGCCAUCCUCGCCGUUCUACAGCCCUCGCACCGUCUACCUGCUCAUCUUGCUGGCCGUCUCCAACGCCUUGACCAACGGCGUGCUGCCAUCUAUCCAGACGUACUCCUGCCUUCCCUACGGCAGCACCACCUUCCACUUGGCAGUCGUGCUCGGCAACUUGGCCAACCCCAUCGCUUGCUUCAUCACCAUGUUUGCCCUCUGGAGAUCGAGUGUUGGACUGAGUAUACUAGCAUUGCUGGGGCUGCUGUUUGGAGCCUACAUUCUGACACUGGCAGCCUUCAGUCCAUGCCCUCCGCUGUUGGGGAAGUCGACAGGCGUUACUUUAGUGGUGGUUGCGUGGAUGGUGUUCACGGGCCUGUUCUCCUACGUAAAGGUGGUGAUCAGCAGCAUCCUGCACGAGGCAGGCCACCUCGCCCUGGUGUGGUGCGGGGUUGCCAUCCAGGUGGGCUCACUGCUGGGAGCGCUGGUGAUGUUCCCGCUGGUCAGUGUCUACCACCUCUUCAUCUCCAGCCAGCCGUGUGUGGAUACCUGCAGCCACUGACCUGGCACUGAGCACCUGGGACCAACUGGGACAUUAACCCUGCCGGGAUCAACUGUGACAACGGCAUCAGAACACUUCACUGAUAAUCUGGAGACUGCACUCCCGAGGGAAAUGCAUUGUUUUGUUUGCUUUGUCCCAGGUUCUUUCCCUCUGGUGUUUUUCUCCACCCCCUUCCCAACCAUGUUUUCAUUUGGCUGGCCUGCUCUCUCUUGGUCAAUAUUGUUGUUAGUGUCUCCACAUUCAUUAAUGUUUUGCUCUGUUAACUCAGUUGAAGAGUGAGAUGGGCAGGGUUUUGUCAUUUUCACUGGUAGAUGGUACACCCCUCUUUAUUUUGACCACCAACGCUGCAGGGACCUACUGAUCAGCGUGAUGUGGUCGAUUUUCUGGGGGUUGGAGGGAAAUCACCCAAGCAUUGGAGGGACUGCUUGACUUGAGGGCUGGGAUGUGGUCCAGGGGGCAAAAGGGUGUGAUGUGCCAACUUAAAUGAUCCCCGUGGAAAUAAGCUGGCCCUUGGUGCCUUUCUCUUUACACUUUGCCCAAGGUUAACCUUUCCCUGUCGUAGGACAGGGCUGGUCUCCCUUCACACGCUCUCCCAGCCUGACACACAAGGCCAGGGUCUGACUGCACUACAAUUAACCAGCUAACACUGGGUUCCCUCACUGAGGCCUGAAAGAACCAAUAGCCUUAGUAUUUGUUCAUCUCGUUACAGGAAGUAUGGACACAUUUUUAAAACUUGAAUAAACGUAUUAUUUCUCUAAA